AUGUUAUCACUUUUACUAACAUUUCUCUAUUCUAAUCAGGCGCUAGAUGGACCACAUCAUUAUCAGAUCGCAAACCACGGCGGUUUGAUUGUCGCAAUACCAGCCGAUAUUCUCUGGCCCGAGGUCCUUCGCUUCAGUACUGAUGCCGGACUCUGUUGGCAUAGCGUACCACUCCACUCAAUAGGCAACUCUGUGUUUCCAGAUAUAAGACCGAAUUAUAGUUCCGAUCAAGGUCAUAAUACACUUUCAGAAUGGCCUAGUUAUAACUUCUCAGGCUUAGAAGAUACUGGUCAGAUGCAGCCUUUUGACUCAUCACGAGGAGAAUUCCCUACACAUUCAAGCUUCGAGUCUACGAACCCUAUAAACUUGUCCGAUAGUUCGUUUCUUGCAACCUUACCAUUUCUGGCCCCGAGGGAAGCCUUAUCAUCCAGGACUCACCGAGGCUCGACUAUCGAAGGGUUCAAGGAGAGUAGGCCUGGAUUGGUAACAGUUAAUCCCACGGAAUUUAACCUUCCUUCUCAAAGUCGGCUAGUCGGGCACGCAGAGGGAGAUGAAACAGUCGUCUUCACAGGGCUUGUUACUGAACCGGGUGGUAAAGCAAUGGCAGUGGCUGUUUAUGGCUAUGGGGCAGCUACACAACGGUGGCGUGUCGCUGUCAUAGACUUAAUUGGCAACGAAAUGGUGACUCGAAAUUGUAAUUGA